AUGGAAUCCGAACAACUCUCCCUGCUGUCAUCCUUGAAAGGAGAGUUGCAGUCUGAGGAUUACAUUCAUCCCCACUAUAAGGAGGCCUAUCGCCUUGCUAUCGAUUCCCUGGUGAAUGGUGGCAGAGAGAGCUACCAGGAGUUCCUCAAGGCCGAGCGGAUAGGGAGCUUUCUCUCAGAAGAUGAACUCCACUUCAUCACUACAAAUGCCUCACAGCCAUUGCCUAGCAGCCACACAGAAGAAAUCAACGGCCCAGCACUGGACACUCCGGCCAGCAAGUCCUCAACUGGGACGUACUGGCCUGUGCACUCAGACAUAGUGACACCCGACCUGGAGUUAGGAUGGCCGAUGGUCAUGCAUGAUAAACUCCAAACCAAUAUAGAUCUGCUUUUCCAUCCACCCAGACUAAACAGCCCCACCAUCAAAGAGGUGAUCCGUAAACAGAUUCAGGAUGCCAGACAGGUUAUUGCAAUUGUAAUGGACAUUUUUACAGAUGUGGAUAUAUUCAAAGAAGCGGUUGAUGCCUCCAUCAGAGGAACUCCAGUUUAUGUGCUUCUGGAUGAAUUUCAUCUGCAAAGCUUUCUCUCAAUGGCUGAGAAUCAAGACAUCCAAAUCCCAAAACUUAGGAACAUGAGGGUACGCACAGUGAAGGGUCAGGAUUACCUCUGUCGUUCAGGAGCUACAUUUCAUGGAGCAAUGGAGCAGAAGUUUCUAUUGGUGGACUGCCAAACAGUGGUGUACGGAUCAUACAGCUUCAUGUGGUCCUAUGAGAAAAUCAACCUGAGUAUGGUGCAGGUCAUAACAGGCCAGCUGGUGGAGUCCUAUGACGCGGAGUUUCGAACGCUCUUCGCUCGCUCCUCCAUGCCAGCAGUUCUCGCCCCUCCCGAGGGUGUGCUACUAGAAAGGAAUGGAAGGCAUGCUCUGGCAAAGUAUGCUUCUCAAUCCAGCCAAGCCUUUGAGAGGAAGGACCAGUUGAGACAUACCCUCGACACAGUGUACAGGAAAGCCUGUGAGAGACAGAUGGGCAUGACGAGCCCUAUCAGAGAGAUGGAGGACAGACUUUAUGAGGAGGAGCCAUUUCAACACAGACCCAUGAUCAAUCAUGGUGUGAGUGUUCAAAAACACAUCCAUCAGUUCCAGUCUGCAGAGACUGCAAACUUCCUGAAAAGACACAGUUAUGCUGGGGAAAGACAAGAAGUCUUGCAUGUUCCACACAACACAAGAGCAAUCGGAGACAAACAGUUACUCAAAAAACUCUUCCAUACGUCAGGUUGA